AUGACCCCAAAGUGCAACAUAGGGACAUCCACAUACUUCGCAAGAUCAGGACCUGACCCUCGCAGGGGUAUUGAUCGCAGCCUGAGACUGGCUCAAAUCAAGUUUUUCUACGUUCUCGAAACCCUGGCGAAUUUCCUGCUUCUAGCAGAUGAAGCCUGUACGCAAAGCUGCCCUCUUGGUCCAUCUUUAUUAAGACUGUUCGUAUACCAGGUCUUCACAAUCUUCCAGGGAAAGUUGACCCACGCCCAGUCCCAGGUGGUGACGUUAUGGGGUUCAGGAGAGACACGCCCUUGGGAGUGCUUCAUCGGCCACCGUCAUAAAUAUUCCACAAUUUGCAUGGUUAGCCAGAGAAUUCUUUGGCGCGACCAGAGUCCCCUCUGCACGCUAGCCUGCGGAGUAGACCUAUUUUCAGAUGAUACCACUCACCUCAGAGGUCAAUGGGGAAUGGUAAGACUUUUAUUCUUUUCUGCCCCAGACUUGGUCGUGGUUCCAAACACAAGUCUUGACAUUGGGGAACUGCUUGCGCGACCACAUCGCCUGAUAGCCCUUGGAUGCUCGAAAGCCGACUUCCACAUCGUGGUCCAAAACGGACCUUUGAGGUUUUAUAUUUCCCCCAGACUCCUGUGA